AUGGCGUAUCUUACCAUCGUGCUCGAGGUCGUACAUGCUUCUCUCGCGACUGCUCAUGCCUUCCUUACUCUGGUUAUCAUUGCCAAUACCUACAAGGUCUCCAUGGUCGAUCCACGCCGCCGUCGAAACAAUACGACUACCCUUGCGUCUUCACCAGACACGGCCGAUGAUGCCCCUCCAGCUUAUACACCACAAGACCAACCUCCAGCGUACCAAGCCUCUGCCCAUCAAGAUCCGGGAACAAAGAUACGCAUCUGGGAAAGGAACCUAUACAUAACCUUUUAUGCACUAUUGGGCAGUUACAUACACUCCGGCGAACUAAAAAUCAUUACUCUCUACUUCAUUAAAGGCUCAUACCGUCCCUAUUUCUCUGUACAUCAAAGGAUGCGAACUAACUACGAUGCCUACCUAGAGACAACUUAA